UACAUAGGUGUGUAUGGUAAAUUGAACCCAUUUCAAGUCAAUACAAACAGUAAAUAUUUGGAUCGUUUGCGAGGUGUUGACAAGUAACAGCAAUAAAUCAUACCAUUGAUAAUCAACUCAAUUUAACAAGUUUUCAAUGGACUGUAUGCCAGUAGUUGAUUGUAUAUUAUUUUGAUGACUUAGAUAACAUUUUGAAAGAGUCCAGGUUACCCGGGAGUAUGCUGAUAUCGGAUCGAUCACUCUUAACGUCGGUCAGAUUGGAAUUUAUGACAUUAAUGAUGUGAGAACACGGAGUGAUAGUUUGGUGAAAAAUACAUGUUAAAAUACAUAGUUACAUGAGCUGCAGGGAUAUUUUCUACGGACGUGAUUGAGGCUUUGAUGAUCUUUAUUUGUUGUACAAGUUCAUAAAUGACUGGUUUCCCUAACAAUGGCCUGUUCGAUGUUUGAGGAUGUUUUCCAGGAUCAGUUUAUACCAUUGGAUAUCAAAAAGCAGGUUGGAAACUAUAAGAUAGGAAAAACUCUGGGAAAAGGCUCGUUUUCCACUGUUCGAGAAGGCAAACAUUUACAGAAUGAACAAACGGUGGCAAUAAAAAUAAUUCCCAAAAGUUCAAUUCUGCAGCAGGAGAAAAUAAAGAAACGAUUUUGCAGUGAAAUUAAAGUGCAGAAAGGUCUAGACCAUCCAAAUAUUGUUCGUUGUUUGGAGUGGAUGGAAACUGGACGCAAUUUUUAUCUGGUUUUAGAACUAGUUGAAGGAGAAAAUAUGAAGGAUUAUUUAAAACGAAGGAAACAGAUUGAAGAAACAGAGGGUAAAUCUAUUAUGACACAGAUCUGUUCAGCUGUAGACUAUAUGCACAAUAAAGGCAUUUUACACAGGGAUUUAAAACUAGAUAACAUGGUUUUAGAAAAAGAUGGAAAAGUGAAAAUAGCAGAUUUUGGAUUGAGUACCAGUCUUGAAGGAAUAGAAAAUAAACUUCACUUUUGUGGUUCACCUUCGUUCAUUGCACCGGAAGUUCUCAGUAAAAGAAACUAUACCACAGCAUCAGAUAUAUGGAGUCUGGGGGUAAAUUUAUUUUACCUUUUGAUUGGAACUUUGCCGUUUACAAUGGAAUCCAAAAACAACUUUGUAUCCCUAUACUUUAGCAUUUUACAAGGCUGUGAAAUUCCCGCAACAAUUUCUGAAGAAUGCAGGGAUUUGCUGACAAAGAUGCUCACAGUUGACGAAGACAGAAGAAUAGCAAUGAAUGAUAUUUUAGAACAUAAAUGGUUGACAACGGAAGUUGUAUAGCACUAGCUGUUGACAUUGUUAACGAUACCUUACCCGUCAUGUGUUCAUUUGUUGUUUUGUUCGCAUAAAAUUGAUAAUCAGUGCAUUGUUAAUAAUAGGACAUUUUAUAAUAUACUACAGCACUUUUUAUAAGAAGUAUUUAUAUUCAGAAUAUUUGUUCUUAUGUUAAAUAAUCUGAGGAAUAUAGUACAUCAAUGAAUACAAACAGCUACGUUCUUGUCUAUAGACCUCAUUAACCUAAUAUACAGAUGAAUAUUUCAUUUGAUAAGGGAAAUGAUAAAUCUUUAUUUUUGGAAUACAACCUACUGAACUGUGCUUUCACAAAUGCUAACGUGCCAAAUGUUUUCUUUUUGUGUACUUUGAAAAUCUAAAUAAUUGUUAAAUUGAUCUCAUCUUAAAUAUGAAUGAAAUAUUUCACUGAACAUUAAGCUAGCAACAAUCAGUCAAUCAUACAAACAUAGGAUGACAAUAAUGUUGGUCAACUUUUUAAUUCCAGUUUAUAGCAAUAACGAUGUUUUUAUUCAAACGACAGGGACGCUUAAGUUAUAUAUUACGAACCUGUUUUCGUUGAUAAUCAAGUAAUAUCCUAUAGUCUCACUUCCUUUCAGAAUUAUAUGCUAACUUCUUGCUAAUCUUAAUUGAUUUUUUUCCGUGAAAAUAUUUUGAAACAUUAUGUUACUAACCACUAUUCACGAAACGACAUAUAUGUGAAAAUGGUAUAUUUAUUCAUUUUGUUUGUGAAGCCACGUCUAUAAUGAUCAGAUUUCUUUCUAUACUUAUAACUCACACUUAACAAAAUUAUGUAUUAUGUAUUAUGUAUUACUCCAAUGCAACAAAUCCUUGCAUAUGUUAAUUUUGGACGAAUUAGUGAUAGAGCAGUGCAAUACUUUUAAAGUUUCUUUCAGUUGUCUUUCUUUGUACGUAUUUUUCGUAGGAGUCAGCUGUUGGUGCUUUGUAUUGUCUAUUGUACUGCCCAGCAUUUUUUGUAAUUCUGUUAUCCUUUAUAUGUAUUACACAGAUUAAAAAGCAGGUCGACACUUUUUUUUUAAAUAGAAAAGGUUGAAAAGUCAGCUGUCCGUUCAAGUUGUUUUGUAUACAGGCAGGAAUUGUCAGAAAAAACCUAUACUCACAGGUUGUUUACCCCUCCUUUUUGAAAAUCUAAAACAUGACUCCGCCUGAAUUGCACAACUCGAUAGAUUUGUCAUUCAAAUAUAAUUGUCAUUCCUUAGAAGGUUACCAAAAACUUACAAUUAACUAAGCUAAUCAUCGAAACCUGUCACAAAAACGUUUUGACAGAAAAAGUUCGUAAAUAUUGAACAUUUCAAACAUUACUUGCGAUUGAUUUUGAUCGCAUAUUUUUUUUUUUGGAUCGCAGGUCUAUAAAUACUUCCUGUCUCGCACACUCUCAAUCGACCAUUUCCUAACUUUACAGUUUAAUUCUAGACAAUUCUUAGCAAAACAAUGAUUCCUUGUCCGGAUUUUGGUAUACUUUAGGUCCUUUUUGGUUUGGCCGGCUCUUUAAUUUUUGUAAAAGGGUUGAUUUUUCAACAAUUUUGGCCCCGAUCAUCACUAAAAAGACAUUUAUUGUCGAAAUGCGCAUCUGGUGCAGUAAAUUUUGUACCGAUAAUAUAAUUAUAUAAAUCUUACUUUAACAAUAGUUUUGUUUUCAACUUUACGGUAAUAACAAUUCUAAAAAACUAAACUCACGAUUAAUCAAUUUGGCAGUUAAAGGGUGUUCUACCCGCUAUGAACCCAAAGCAGGCACAGCGUUAAUUCUAUUUAUAAGACAAACACAUAUUUAAGAUGAAAUACUGUAUUUACAUGCACCAUGUCAUGAACUAUCUUGUGAUCCGUUACUUUUUACAACAAAAUAUUGUUUAAUGUAUGUAUUAAAAGUUAUAUAUUUAGACAGAUGUUAAAUAAAUAAUAUUUGGAAAA